UUCAACUCGUUCACAAUGAAUUUUUGGUCUCUCCUGACUCUGCUUAUAAUAUUAAUUUUCACCGUACAACAAUCAGAACCUAAUAAAAUCAAGUUGAAAUCAUUAAAGACAGUCAAUUCCAACAAAAAAUUAUCGCAAAACAAAGCUGGUCGGAGAAUCGCCAUCAUAAGAUGUUGCGGAUUCAAAAGAUGUCUCCCAGUAAAGAACGCAACCAAAACGAGGUCUUCAGUAAUUCCAACAAGCAGCACACUGGUGUCGAAAAACGAAGGCUCCGUAGCAACAGCAUCGUUUCCGAAUGUCGCAACCAACCCAACAGGAAGCUCUAGCAGCGAAACAACAUUCGACAGUAAAAGUUUCGAAACUACGGAAGUUGAAAUGGAAAAUUCAACCGCGCUGCCAGUUUCGAGUAGCAAUAUUUUCGACAGCAGCACUCCCGAACCCGAAGCAGCAAAAGAGAAGACUGUCAGUGACGUCAUUACCCAAAAAAAUAAUUUUAUCAGCACAGAGUCAGUGCCAACAAGCGAAUCAAUUAAUUUGUCAAGUGGCAACAUUGCUAGCAAUUUUGAUUCAACAACAACCAAUGGGGCGGCAUCAGUGGCGACUGCAACAUCUCUAGCGAUAUCAACAACUAGAUCGUUAAAUCUGACUAAUUCGGUUAUUUCUACCAAAUCGACAGGAUCUCUGACCACGAACAGUAAGGCAUCAGCGACAACAAAACCUACUACAACAACUUUAAAAGCUAUUGCUACUACGACAACCACUAGAACAACUUUAAAAACAAUUAUUACUACAGCAAAAGCGAUUUCGUGUUCUUUGACGUGCUCCAAUUUUAAUACCUUUCAAGCAAAAUCGCCUCUGCCGAAAUCACCGCAAUCCGAUGGUUCGGUCCAAAAGGCGAGCAAGUGCAACAGACAGUAUUUCGUCUCCACUGUUGCCGCAUCAAGAAAUGAGGCAGCUUCGCGGUGCACGGCGAUGAAUAUGACCCUUUUGACCGUCACUUCUCUCGAGGAAUUGGACUGUCUGGCCAGUUUGAAGGAUGGUACUUUCUGGACAAGUGGCUCAAACGAGGAUGCGAAUUGCGACUUGGAAAAAAAGUACGCUUGGUGUUCGACUGGCUACAACAUUUCCACCGCUUUGGUCUCGUCUCCGAGUUUCUGGCUUCCAACCAACGCACCCCCUUCCGCCCUAGAACGAUGUCUAGCCGUUGUCUUCUCCACCACCCCCCAAAAGGGGAUGGUGCACAAAAACUGCGUCGACCAACUACCCUACAUCUGCCAAUUCACCGUUGACUGUCCCCGCAGUCAUCAAUGCGUGAAAAAUACCUCAUUAUUUGAUUCGAAAGGAGACUUGAUGAACAAAUCUUCUCAUGGACUGUGGAUCGACAUUGGCAACUACACUUAUCUUUUCGGGAACAAACCGGUUUUUUCAGUUAAUCUUAAAAACAAUUUAAUAAAAAAAAUUAACAUUUCACAGAUGUCUUGGCUAUCCAACUACCUUUAUUGCUGUGCUUUGGGAAUGGAAACACUCAACAUUGACAAUGCGGCUGAGCAACUGGGCCUCACAGGCAUGACCCUCGGCAAAAAUUCAAACAACUGGAAGGCGAAUUUUAACUACUGGACUGCCGGCACGAAAAAGGGUUCUUCAGAGUUUUCAUGGUGCGAGCCCACGGGCCCGACAAUUUUCGACCAGGGGCUCACUUGGGAGGCCGGCCAGCCCGACAACGCCGCUGGAAACGAGAGUUGCGUUCACUUUCGCUUCAUUUUGAAUUCAACGGGAACCGUCAUGACCGAUAGAAACUGCAAUAGCAAAUUCAUUUUCGCGUGCAAGGUGCAAAUAAUUCGAAUGAUCAAAGAUUUAAAUUACUUUGAUUGUUCAAACCGGUAG